CGCUGUCAGCCCAUCACUACUACAACCACCUCAAGUGUAGGCCCGGCUUGCUCCCCUGGAUUUACGCUCGACUAUCGCAGCCGCUGUCAGCCCAUCACUACUACCACUACCACCUCCAGCGAAGGCCCGACAUGUUCUCCUGGAUAUACGCUCGACUAUCGCAGCAUUUGUCGGCCCAUUACAACAACUACCACCUCUAGCGUUGGCCCAAUAUGCUCUCCAGGAUAUACCCUUGGCUACCGUGGAGAAUGUCUCUUGGAUGUCCCGACAUCUACAGGUUGUUUACCAGGGUACGUGACAGAUUACCGAGGCCACUGCAUCACAACCCAAACCCCUACGACAACCGGAUGCCCGCCUGGUCAAUUCACUGAUUAUCGUGGACAUUGUACAACAAUCCCUACACCUACUACCCCAACCGGAUGUCCACCUGGCCAAGUCACGGAUUACCGCGGCCAUUGCACCCCAACCCCGACACCCACGACGCCUACCGGAUGUCCUCAGGGCUACAUUAUGGACUAUCGCGGCAGCCACUGUAUAGCCACGCCUACACCGAGUUCCCAAACCCCUCCCUCUGGGUGUCCGAGUUAUCUGCCUGAUAAUUGUCGCCCACUCUAUAAACGGGCCACGACACCCCCUCCGCCAUACUGCGUCAACACCCAAACUGAUGAACGCCACUGUGGCAGCUGUGGGAAUCAGUGCCAUGGGAACAUGACCUGUUCCUAUGGCGAAUGUAUUUACCCGCAUGCUCCAUAUGUGAUUAAGGGGUUGAAUGGUAUGUGGAAGAGGAUGCAAGAAGAGCAACAGGAUGGCAACUAA